AUGCGGAGGACCGACAAGCUGCAGAGCCUCAUGGACUACUACUAUGAUGUGGUGUGCUCGGCGGGCGCCGGCAGGCGCGGCGCGGGGCGCUUCGUGUUCGAUGGCAGGCGGCUGAAAGGGGAGCACACGCCGGAGGACCUCAACAUGGCGAGCGGGGACAAGAUCGACUUUUUCGAGGAUCUCAUGUCUGGUUGA